UUCCCCUGAAUAUUUGAGCAUUGGAUCAAAGAGUUGCUUGCAAUUGUUGUCUCUGCAAAGGUGAAAUGGAAAGAAGAGUUGCAAUUAUAGGGGCAGGAACCAGUGGCCUUGUCGCCUGCAAAUACUUUCUGCAGUUUGGAUUUAACCCAACUGUGUUUGAAGCUGAUGAUGGCGCUGGAGGGCUAUGGAGGCACACUAUGGAGUCCACCAAGCUCCAAAGCAAUAAGCAAGCAUACCGGUUCAUGGAUUUUCCAUGGCCUUCUUCAGUGAAAGAAGAUAAUCCAAGUCACAACCAAAUGCUAGAUUAUCUUAACUCCUAUGCUCAACAUUUUUCCCUCAUUCCUCACAUCAGAUUCAACUCCAAAGUCAUUGAUAUAGAUUAUGUUGGAGGAGAGUCUACUGAAGAAAUGAAGUCAUGGGAACUGUGGGGUGGUAAUGGCAGACCCUUUUGCUCCAAAGGAACUUGGCAUAUUACUGUGCAAGAUACCAAAAAUUUAUCCCUAGAGGUACACAAGGCUGAGUUUGUUGUUCUUUGCAUUGGAAAAUACAGUGGUCUUCCAAACAUUCCUGAAUUCCCACCGGGACAAGGUCCAGAAGUUUUUUAUGGCAAAGUUAUGCACUCCAUGGACUACUCCAAUCUGGACAAUGACACUGCUGCUGAAUUGAUCAGAGGAAAAAGAAUCACAGUAAUAGGCUCACAUAAAUCUGCUCUUGAUCUUGCAACUGAAUGUGCAAAUGCAAAUGGAGUCAUGCAUCCUUGCACAAUUAUCCAAAGGACUGCAUACUGGUUUUUUCCAGAUUUCAACACUUGGGGAGUUAUUGUUGGAUUCUUAUAUUUUAACCGCUUUGCAGAGCUUUUUGUUCACAAGCCAGGAGAAGCCUUCCUUCUUAGCCUUGUGGCCACUUUACUUUCACCAUUGAGAUGGGGAAUUUCUAAAGUAUUAGAAAACAUUCUGAAAUGGAAGUUGCCAUUGAAGAAGUAUGGAUUGGUACCUAGUCACAGCUUUCUUCAUGACCUCUCCUCAUGUCUGCUUGGAGUAUUGCCUGAUAACUUCUUUGACAAAUUGAAGGAAGGAAGCAUCCUCAUAAAGAAUUCACAAAGCUUUAGCUUUUGCAGAGAAGGUGUGGUGAUUGAUGGAGAAACCAAACCCUUAGAAACUGAUAUAGUCAUUUUUGCAACUGGAUACAAAGGUGAUGAAAAAAUCAAAAACAUCUUCAAAUCCCCAAUAUUCCAAAAUCACAUCCUUGGGCCAGCAACUUCCACAGUUCCUCUCUACAGACAAAUAAUUCACCCUCGGAUUCCACAGUUGGCAAUAAUAGGAUAUGCAGAGAGUGCAUCUAACAUUUUUGCCUCAGAAAUGAAAAGCUUAUGGGUGGCACAUUUCUUGGAUGGAAACAUUGAAGUGCCAAGUAUAAGAGCAAUGGAGAAGGAGGUGAAACUGUGGGAAGACAACAUGAAGCAAUAUGCAGGAACAUAUUUUGGGAAAUCAUGUUUUGAUAAUUUUGGCAUUUGUUAUCACGAUCAACUUUGCAAAGACAUGAAGCAUAAUCCCAAAAGGAAGAAUGGGAUUUUUGAAGAAUUGUUUGAACCUUAUGGUCCCGCUGAUUAUGUUGGCCUUACUCGUAAAUGAGAAUUUGAAAGGAUUAUAUGAUUUGUUUGGUC